CCAGAAAUUGAGAGGAAGAAGAAAAAGUUACCUCGAUCGAAGAUGUGGCGGAGCGAGGCGGACGACGGCGGCGACGAUGAGCUUUUCGCGGUGCUGGGAUACAACGUGAAGUCGUCAGACAUGGCGGAGGUUGCGAUGAAGAUCGAGCAGCUGGAGGAGGCCAUGGGAAGUGUCGAGCAGGACGGUUUGUUGCAGCUCGCCUCCGACACCGUGCAUUACAACCCGUCGAAUCUCUCGACCUGGCUCGAAUCCAUGAUUUCCGGCCUCAACUCGGAGCUUGAAUUCAACUCCGCUUCCGAUUCGUUCCGCGAGUCCUCCUCCACGAUUACUGCGGACAACGCCGCCGCCGGCAGCAGCGUCAACAGCGGCGGUUCCAUGGCGGUUGAGUUGGAUUUCGGGUCGGAUCUCACCGCCAUACCCGGGAAAGCGGUGUACCCGAAACCAGAUCUCCCUCCGCAGGCGAAGAAGAUGAAAACGACGCCGUAUUUGAGGAACUCGGGCGAGUCGGGCUCGGACCGGCCGGCUGAGUCGACUCGGCCAGUUGUCCUGGUCGACUCGCAGGAGAACGGAAUCCGCCUUGUGCACACGCUAAUGGCGUGUGCGGAGGCCGUACAGCGCGGGGACUAUAAAUUGGGCGAAGCUCUGGUCAAGAGCAUCGGAUUUCUGGCGGUUUCUCAGGCCGGCGCGAUGAGGAAAGUGGCAACGUACUUCGCCGACGCAUUGGCGAGGAGAAUUUACCGAUUGUAUCCUCCGGCGAAUCCGCACGACUCUGCCUUCUCCGAUUUGCUGCAGAUGCAUUUCUACGAGACGUGUCCGUAUCUGAAAUUCGCUCAUUUCACCGCCAAUCAAGCGAUUCUCGAAGCCUUCGCUGGUAAAUCUCAAGUUCACGUUAUCGAUUUCAGCAUGAAGCAGGGGAUGCAGUGGCCGGCGCUCCUGCAAGCUCUGGCUCUGCGUCCAGGCGGUCCUCCGACCUUCCGAUUGACCGGAAUAGGACCGCCGGCGCACGACAAUACCGAUCAUUUACAGGAAGUCGGCUGGAGAUUAGCUCAAUUGGCGGAAACAAUCAACGUCGAGUUCGAAUACCGAGGCUUUGUCGCGAACUCCUUGGCCGAUCUCGACGCCUCCAUGUUCGGACUCCGAGAAGGCGAAAGCGUCGCCGUCAAUUCCAUCUUCGAACUGCACCAGCUGCUCGCGCGCCCGAACGCCAUCGAGAAGGUUCUGAAUCUGGUCCGCGAUUUGAACCCUAGCAUCUUCACCGUCGUCGAGCAGGAAGCCAAUCACAACGGCAACGUCUUCCUCGACCGAUUCACCGAAUCCUUGCACUACUACUCCACACUCUUCGACUCCCUGGAGAGCGCCGGCGCCGGCGCCGCCGUGACCGAUCAGGAUAAGGUCAUGAGCGAGGUCUACUUAGGGCGCCAGAUUUGCAACGUAGUAGCCUGCGAAGGACCGGACCGGGUCGAGCGGCACGAGACGCUUUCACAGUGGCGAACCCGGUUCGAUUCCUCCGGUUUGAUCCCGGUUCACUUAGGGUCAAACGCUUACAAGCAGGCUAGUAUGCUCCUGGCGUUGUACGCCGGUGGGGACGGUUACAGAGUCGACGAAAAUAACGGCUGUCUGAUGCUCGGCUGGCACACUCGCCCCUUAAUCGCCACGUCAGCCUGGAAACUCACUGAGUCAACUCGCCCACUUCUCUAGCCAGCUGUCUUAUUUUAUUUUAUUUUAUGAUCCAUCUAUCCUGCCUGUAUGUAUUUAUUUACAUAAAUUGCAUAUGGGUUUUUUGCAUGCAUAAUAAAUUAAUGACAACCAUAAUUUAAAAUUAGAAAAAUAAAAAUAAAAAUCAGUAUACAUACAUAUAUAUUUUUAUUUUAACGUAGAUAUGAAACUUAUUAAAUUAGAUAUUCUGAUAUAUUUGGGCAUAAAUUAUUCUAAAAUGAUUUGGCAACUCAGGUGUGUAAUUAGCGAUGAUUAAGGGGAAAUGAAUAAUGACAGGCCAUGUUAGUGAGCUGGAUGCCUAAUUACAUCGUUAAUUAAUUAGGACAUUAUUAAUUAUGGGUAGCUAUCAGACAUUUUUUAUUUAAAUGACAUAGUUGAUGGCUUUAUGAUAAUUAAUUGUGGGGUUAUUUAUAUAAUGGUU